CAAGAUUGUAGUACGUUCGUAAUUAGAUAGGCUGUAACCUUAUGAGUUAGCAGUUUUCUCAUUGCUUUUAUUUCUAGAGAAUUUAUUAGUUAUGGCAUCUCCGUCGUCGAAAAAACUUGAAAGCGACUCCUCACAGUCUAGAACAGCAGACAGCGUGCCAGAUGACAGCGGUGUGUUCGACGCGUGUCCUUCAGGCGCAGACCUCAACAGCGAGGGUGCCGUUGCUGAUGGCAAAAGCGCCGCUUCUGAUAGUGGAGAUGCCGGUGCUGAUGCCGUUGGUGCCACUGCUGAUGGCGGUGGUGCCACUGCUGAUGGCGGUGGUGCCACUGCUGAUGGCGGUGGUGCCACUGCUGAUGGCGGAGGCGCGGCAGCUGAUGACAGCGGCGUUGCUGAAGCAGACGCCGGUGUCUUUGAGUCACUCAUGUCCCUCAUCGAACAGAAGCUCAAGCUGAAGAAAAGUGAUGGAGAAGAACCUCCGGUGCUACAAUCAGUGGACGUGGCUGGCGUGGUGGCGUUCAUGCAGAGCGGCCGCUGCAAGAACAUCAUCACCAUGGCGGGCGCCGGCAUCUCCACCUCUGCAGGCAUCCCUGAUUUCCGAUCUCCUGGCAGCGGCUUGUACUCAAACCUACAGAAGUAUGACUUGCCGUAUCCUGAAGCAAUUUUCGAACUCGGAUUCUUCCGGCAAAACCCUCAACCUUUUUUCACCCUGGCCAAAGAGCUCUACCCAGGCUCCUUCAACCCAACACCUAGUCAUUUCUUCGUCAAACUGCUGGAAGAAAAAGGGUUAUUGCUGAGGCACUACACGCAGAACAUCGACACUCUGGAGCACGUGGCUGGCAUCAGUGAAAGUAAACUAAUCGAAGCACAUGGCAGCUUCCGGACCGCCCAUUGUUUGGGCUGCCGAAAAUCUUACAAUCAAGAUUGGAUAAAAGACGAGGUGUUCGCAGACCGCGUGCCAUCGUGUGAGAGCUGCGGCGCCGUGGUCAAGCCCGACAUAGUCUUCUUCGGCGAAGCACUGCCCGACAGGUUCUACAAAGCCGUGGCUACCGACUUCCGGAAGUGCGAUCUUCUCAUCGUGAUGGGGACUUCUCUCACCGUCCAGCCCUUUGCGUCACUCAUCGACAACGUGCCACCGAAGUGUCCUCGUCUGCUGAUCAACAGAGAUGCCGUGGGCGUCACGGGCGUCGCCGCCACACUGCAACGGCUCAUGGGAAAGGGGCAAGCAUUCCAGCCGUCAAAAAACAAGCGCGACGUCGCGCUCAUCGGCGACUGCGACGAUGGAUGCUUCACCCUUGCUCGGCAGCUGGGCUGGCAGGAUGAUUUACAGAGGUUAAUCACGGAAGGCAAGAAAAAAUCUUGAAAUUCGUGAAGCAAACGGUCGUGCUAUGCCUGAUCGAGCCCUACUUCAUUCCUUCACCUUCUUUGUUAUCGCUGCUUGCACAAGGCAAUCAACGUAAGCGAUCCAUUAGUCAUUCGUCACUAAAACGAUAUAAUAGGAAAAAGGCAUAUUGUCACAUAUGAAACUUGCCACAAUUGUCACAGUCAAGUAAAUCUUACCAGAAUGUUUCCAUUCAUAAAUUGUAUCAUUUUCAUUAGUGGCCGUGAGUUCAGAAUGGUGAUAGCUUUUCUAUCUAAAUAUGACCCCACACUGAGAUAUUAUUAGAUUAGUAGGCCAACCUAUUGUUUUCUAUCCAUGGCAUCGGUUGUCAUCAUCAGCUUAGUGAAUUUAAAAGUAAAGCAUGAGAAACAAAUGUGCAUCGAGGUUGGUUAUUGUGUUCGAAAUCUUAUUGCUACAAAAUCUGUAAUUUAAUUCUUCAUCCAUGAACCAAACCUCGAAGUGUGAAUAUGUGCAAUACUGUACGGUGAUUUUCUGCAAAUUUAAAAGGUUUGUGUAGGUACAGUGAAUGUCAUUGUUUUAUAUUUCAUUUAUUCACGAAAUUAUCACAGUCAUUUGGCCAAUAGAAGUAUAUACAAAAACUUUUAGGAAAACUCGUGGUAUUUAACGUAAUUACGUUGACGCCCCCAUGGCAUUCAAUUGAUUUAUAGAUAAUGUAUAAAAUGAUUAGAUCUAGAAACAUUUUUUUUCCACCAUAAGAUGCGUCAUUUUUGUUACUAUUUAUUUAAUGUACCAACUAGAGCAUGCAUAUUCAUCAAUUUAAU